AUGGAAGCGCUCGAAGACCAGUCUAACGGCUCGUCCACACCGAUGGCCGUCGACGACAGCAAUGACAACACCGGCAAAGACCAGACCAUCGAUGAGACACCGAGUGGUGCGACCGUCACAUCCAAUGUGAAACCCGUCGGACAACCAUUGGUUGACUUUCUGCACCAUUUGGAGGAUUACACGCCGACUAUCCCGGACGCCGUCACUGUUCACUACUUGAAUACAUCCGGUUUUGAGACAUCGGAUCCCAGAAUAGUACGGUUGAUAUCAGUGGCGGCGCAGAAGUUCAUCUCGGAUGUGGUGAACGACGCCCUCCAACACUGUAAGAUGAGAGGCGCCGGACAGUCGAAGAAGACAUCCAAAGACAAGAGAUACACGUUAACGAUGGAGGACUUGAGUCCAGCGCUGGCAGAGUAUGGCAUUAAUGUCAAAAAACCUCAUUAUUUCAAUUAA